AGGUCGAUAAAUUGACGUGCAGGACGCGAGUAUCUUCGAAGCGUAGCGAUGGCCGAGGGAACGUACGAGUACGAGUGUAUGCGAGCGGAGCUGCUUGGCCUGGGCCCCCCAAGCCGGGAAGAGUUUGAGGCGAAGAUGAAACUGAAACACGAAACCGAGGAGGAGGAACAGCUCACCGAGCAGAUGAAGGAGGUGGAUCUGGAGGAUGAGUCGCUUCAGGGAGCCACGGGUAAGAUGGACGAGCUGAACAGCAUCCUGACGGCGACGCAACAAAAAAUCAACAAGUUUAAGGUGGCCUGCGGCAGUUUGACCAGCCUCCUGAAGCUGCGCCCUUCGACACCGAGCAGCGAUCCGGCGGCGGCGGCGCCGUCGGCGGCCCCUGGAGGCGACCACCAGCCGGAGGCGGGGCAAGGAAAGUCCAUCAACGAUGCCCUGGACACGCUGGACACGAUGAAGGACCUGAACGCCGACUCGGACGUAACGGUGGCAAAAUCGGCCGCGAAGGACAUCGGCCAGAAGAUGACGUCGCAGCUUGGGAAGCUCGAUUCGCUACUGUACCGGGCGGACAACGCCACGUACUCGAUGAAACACCAGACAAACCAGAUGAACAAGAUGGCCAAGUAAUGGACUACGAGCGGCUGGCGGUUGGCCUCUUAUUGGAGGCCACAGCGUUCUACUCUAGGCUUACCUGCGUACAAUCUCUUUGGCACAAUCUCUUACUUCGCUUCUUGGCAUACGAAAAUGUGUAUCUAAUCGUUUCCAAAUUCAACCCUAGCGUAGAUCUGUAAGAACUGUGUUUACUACCGGGCUCUAGGAGUCACUAGGACUCCGCAGCUUCCGGCUCAGUGUGGCUAGGCUAUGGAAUUGGCCGGAAUGGCUCGCAAGCACGCGUUCAGUGUUGUUCGCAGCGCACUGUCAUCAGGUGACCCAUCCCUCUAUUGUUUCGGCUUUUCGGCGGUAGCGCUUCCGUUCACCCAUCGAUCGGUCUUCCAAAUUGCGAGUGUUAGUGUGUUAGGUGUAACAGCAAGCAAACAAUCCAACGAAACGAAACGAAACGAGUUGCGUCUUUGCGAAUCCGAUUGUGAUAUUGUUCCGUUGAGAGGUAUACACUGUUCGAUGUUACUUAUUUUACAUGCUACCAGACACACACACAUACAAACACAUACACAUAUAUAUUAGUACAGUGCAAGUGGCGAACGAGGAAACGAGGGCCGAGAACGGAACAAACACCGGCGGGGCAAGAAAACGAAACCGUUUGGAAGUAUUCGCUGAAAUAAUUACGCUUUCCGUUUUUUUGGUGGCAUUCCGUGUUCGAUAUUGCUACUAGUAUAUUGGAGGGAAAGAGAGAGAAAAAGAGAGAGAGAAAGAGAGAAGGAGAAAGAGAGGGUCGAGCGGCAGGUUUAUACAAUUACAAAACGUUAACCACCCAGCAAUAAUUAUACUAACAAUUACUUAUUAAAACAAACUGUGGCAUUAAAGGCAGUCAAUAAACGGAGCAAACGGAGGAGAGAGCAAACUGUUCACCAUCAUUUAACGCCAUCCUCGAAUGGCCACAACAACAACAACGAA